AUGUUUCCCGAGAAUAGAGGCUUGCUCAACUACUUCAGAAAACAGCCUGACCCAAAGGAGCUGGUGCGGAAGUGGCAGGCAGAUAUUCGUGCCCAGCAGCGUGCUUUGGACCGCCAGAUACGAGACAUUGAAAGGGACCGGAAGCUUGCAGAGAAGCAGGUGAAGGAUGCGGCAAAGCGGGGCGACAUACAGUCAGCAAAGACCUUGGCAAAGGAAAUUGUCCACACCAAAAAGGCCAUUUCACGACUGUACGUCAACAAGGCACACUUCAUCUCCAUGAAUUCUCAGCUUACAGAGCAGCUGGGGCUGGCUAAAGUGGCUGGCACGUUGUCCAAGAGCACAGAGAUCAUGAAGAUAGUGAACGACUUGAUGAAGGCCCCCCAGCUCAUGCAAACAAUGCAGCAAAUGUCAAAGGAGAUGAUGAAGGCUGGCAUCCUCGACGAGAUGAUGAGUGACAUGAUGGACUCAACCAUGGACGAGGAUAUUGAGGAGGAGACAGAAGAGGAGGUUGAUAAGGUUCUCAUGGAGAUCGCUGGAGAAACAUUGGAACAGCUGGCAGGUUCUGCGGCGCCCAGACAAAAGCAGAAAGUCAAGGUCACACAGGCAGCGGAGGUCGCUCCGGAGGAGGAUGAAGCGUUGCAAGCCCGACUUGAUGCUGUGCGGAGCUGA